AUGCCUCCUCCUCCUCCACCCCCUCCACUGCCGCCUUCGGGCAUGGGAGGGCCGCCACCUCCACCACCGCCUCCAGGGAACCUACCCGCGCGACCACCGGCCGUUGCUGGAAGAGGUGCGUUGCUAGGCGACAUAACGAAAGGAAAGGCUCUCAAGAAAGCUGUCACGAACGAUCGAUCCGCCCCAAUAGUCGCAGGCAGUUCCUCUGGGGGAGGAGGCGGUCCUCCUGUUGGGGGAGCGCCUCCCAUCCCCGGCCUAUCGAAAGCACCCGCACCGAGCAGUCUCGCACCGCCUGUUCCCGGGAAUCGAGCUCGAAGUAACAGCGAUCAAGGGAGUCAGGACACGGGUGCUAUGGAUUCAGCACCUCAACUGGGAGGCUUGUUUGCUGGAGGGAUGCCGAAGUUGAAGAAACGUGGCGGUGGAGUCAAUACCGGAGCGUCUCAGGGCGCCUCGUAUCUAUCAGAUUCCGAAACUUCUUCUACCCCGAAACCGCCUUCUGCACCAAGACCACCUGCUGGAGCCGCUCCCGCCAUACCUGGACGAGCAGUACCACCGGCGCCUGCAGCUCCUUUCAACCCGUCGGUUUCGAAUCUGAGAAAGACAGCAAAUAGCAAUGCACCGCGACCACUCUCGUCUGUUUCGACUGCCUCGGCAAAGGGACCGCCUCCGCCCAUAGGGAAGAAGCCUCCUCCGCCGCCGGGGUCCAGGAAGCCUUCAACGUUGACCAGUGCGCCUUCUCAGCCUCCUCCGUUACCGGGAGCGCCUGCUCCUCCGCCUCCGCCGUCAUCAGCACCAGCACCGCCUGCUCCUCCGCCUCCACCUCCGUCGUCAGCGCCAGCUCCUCCUCCUCCACCCCCAGCUGCAGCUCCACGACCACCAGUAGCACCCUCACGUUCACAGCCUCCUCCGCCUCCUCUGCCAAGUGCUCCAUCUAGCAACGGACCCUCGCCAAACAUUGCACUUCAGGCUGCGAUGCGAGCAACGGGCGGAAGAUCAUCACCUACGGCCGCACCCCCAGCUCCACCACCUCCACCUCCCCCGUCUUCUGCGCCUACGCCGCCCUACAAGGAUUCUCCGAUCAACAGAACCCGCGCAGGCUCCAACUUGCGCACAACGAUGCUAGACCCGGGUGCAUACACACUGACAUCGAACGGAACGAAGAGCCCUAGUCCUACUCCUCAGCUCGGCAAUGGUCUCACGAGUCCCCGAUCAGGUCCUGGAGAGCGGUACAUCGUCCAGGACAGCCGCUGGAAGUUUACCGACGAGAGUAUGCUCCCGAAACCCAGGCCAUUCCAAGGAGGCACGAGACGAUAUCGAGCCGGCAGAGGCAGCAGUGUACCACUGGACCUGAGCGCGCUCUAG